GGUUCCGUUGCCCAGAGGUCCUCUUCUAGCCAACGAUCCUUCCUGUGCGUUGAUCGUGGAUAAGACACUUAGAAGAAGAAAAGAUGACACGAAGAUGGUUAGCUGCAAGAUGACUGACAUAAAUUUCUUUUUAGGAGGAAAAUGGAAUCUAUCAUGAAGAAUCCGGGAUGAAGACAUAGGCCCACAGUGUAAAAGAGGUACCCUGGGGUAUGUAAUGAGUGAGGUUGAGGAUGGCAAGCCAUUCAGCCAAGUCGUUAAUGCUGCUAAAAGCCUUGGCUACACUGAACCGAACCAGAUAUGAAGUUGGCAUCCAAGAAGUUCCAAAAGAUUCUGCAUUGGGAAGAUUAAGAGGAAGUGAUGAUGUGGUAGAGAUAUACAAUCGUUGUUACGAGAAACAACCUUUGGUUAUCCAAGGUGCUGGAGCAGAAAAUGAUACCACAGCAGCUGCUGUCCUAGCUGAUAUCCUUGACAUUCAAGAUUUAUUCCCUUAUAAUACACUGAGAUACAAACAUUCGAUCCUCAAAGGAUGA